AUGUUUCCUUUCACCUGGAAGAAUUACCUACUCUGCUUCUCAAACAUUAAAACUUUGCCUAUCACAGCUCUUCCUAAUACUUCACCUUCAAACCAAAUCAAGAACUUCAAUUCCCUCUAUAGUCUCAACUCCACCUCCACAUCCAACCUCACUUCCUCCGCGGAUCAUGACUUUUUCUCCAAUGCCUCUGACGUUUCGUCAGAAGGCGAUGACUCCCCUCCUGAUUUCGCCACUGUUUUUGCUUCACAACGCUUCUUUUUCUCCUCUCCUGGCCGCUCAAACUCCAUCAUCGACUCGCCAAACUCCCUAGGGGACCCUGAAUGCAGUAAUCUGGUCCCUGGCAGCGUCGCUAUUCAGACCUACUCCCCGGAUCCCUUGCAAGAUUUCAAAAAAUCAAUGCAGGAAAUGGUGGAAGCACACGGAAUUAUAGACGUAAAGGCUGAUUGGGAAUUCUUGCAUGAACUUCUACUUUGUUACUUAACCUUAAACCCUAAACACACACACAAAUUCAUCAUCAAAGCCUUUUCUGAUCUUCUGGUUUCCAUCAUGUCAUCCGAAAGCUGCCCGAAAAUCGAAGACUGUCAACAUGGCACCUCAUCACCACCAUUGGCCUAA